CCGCUAUCGAAGCAGGUGCGCAACUUCGGCACCACCAGGGCUCAGAUGGUAGCCAGCCUGGGCUCCACCACGGCGAACGACCUUCUGUCCAAAUCCCUGUUCCUCGUCGCCAUCGGCACCAACGACAUGGCCGCGUUCGCCGCCACGCACCAGCAGACCGACGUGGCCGCCUUCUACUCGAGCCUCAUCUUCAACUACUCGGCUGCCAUCACGGAGCUGUACGGGAUGGGCGCGAGGAAGUUUGGCGUGAUCAACAUCGGGCAGAUCGGGUGCGCGCCGCUCCAGCGUCUGCAGAGCCCCACCGGCGCGUGCGCCGACGCAGUGAACGCGCUCGCCGCCGGCUUCGACGACGCGCUCAGGUCCCUCUUGGCCAGCGGGCUCCCGCACGGCCUGCCCGGCCUCGCCUACUCGCUCGGCGACCUGUACGGCCUGAUGCAGGCGACCAUAGCCGACCCGCGGGCUGUCCAACGUGGACGCCGCGUGCUGCGGCGGCGGCAGGCUGGGCGCCCAGAGCGGCUGCCAGCAGCCCAACUCGACGCUGUGCGCCGACCGCCGGAGCUACCUCUUCUGGGACUACGGCCACCCCACCCAGCGCGGUGCCGAGCUCAUCGCGACCACCUUCUACGACGGACCGGUCCGCUUCACCCUGCCGGUCAACUUGAAGCAGCUGAUGCUAAGCUGAGCGUGUGUAUAGCUAGCUAGGGGGACAGGUCUCCUGUAUGUGUGUGCAUGUAUACCUUAAAAAUAUUGUAGGCCAUGAUCGAGACUUGUGUGAUCUUAGUUCUUACUAUAUUAUAUACCUUGUGUGAUGGAGACUAAUUAACUGUGUAAGUCAGGUAGUGCUAGUACUACUAGCAGGCAGUCGAUCUACUGCGGGCUACAGGGCUUAUUAGCUAGAGGACAGAUCAGAUCGACAGGCCACACACACACACCAACCAUGGGGUGCCCCCAGGCCAUGAUGAGCAGUGUCGUUGGUCUCGCCACUGCCUGCUUUGUGAUGACGAUGACCAUGUCGUCCGCGCUCGCCGCCUCCAGCAACGUCCGGCCGGCGGCCAAGCAGGUGCCGGCGAUGUACGUGUUCGGGGACUCGACGGUGGACGUCGGCAACAACAACUACCUGCCGGGGGACUUCCCCCGGGCCGACAAGCCCUACUACGGCGUCGACUUCCCCGGCGGCGCGAGGCCCACCGGCCGCUGGAGCAACGGCUACAACAUCGCCGACUUCGUAGCCAAGUCCAUGGGAUUCAAGAGGAGCCCUCCGGCGUACCUGUCGCUAACAAGGGCCAGUAGAAGCCGUCGUCUUCUGAUCCUCAGGGGCCUUGGAGGAGUGAGCUACGCUUCUGCCGGAUCCGGGAUUCUGGACUCGACUCACGCCGGGAAGUACAUCCCGCUGCGUAAGCAGGUGCGCUACUUCGGCGCGACGAGAGCUGGCAUGGUGGCCACGCUGGGCGCCACCGCCGCGAACGACCUCCUAUCCAAGUCCCUCUUCCUCAUCAGCACCGGCAGCAACGACGUCGGCGUGUUCGCCGCCGCGGCCGCCCAGCAGCAGCAGCAGUUCCCACUGCCAAGCGACGUCGUCGACGCUUACUACUCGAGCCUCAUCUCCAACUACUCAGCAGCCAUCACGGAGCUGUACGGGAUGGGCGCGCGGAGGUUUGGCAUCGUCAACGCGGCGCUCCUCGGGUGCACGCCGUCGGCGCGGGCGCUGAGCCCGGCGGGCGCCUGCGCCGCCGGCCUGAACGCGCUCGCCGGCGGCUUCAACGGCGCGCUGGGGUCCCUGCUGGCCGGCCUCCCGCGCCGCCUGCGCGGCCUCCGCUGCUCCCUCGGCGACCUCGGCGGCCUCAUGCAGGCGGCCACGGUGGACCCACCGCGAGCGCCUGAUGGUGGGCCGUGGAACGUGGACAGCGCGUGCUGCGGCGCCGGGCGGCUGGGGGCCCAGGGCGGAUGCCAGCCCAACUCGACGCUGUGCGUGGACCGCGGCCGCUACCUCUUCUGGGACUCCUCGGGCCACCCCACCCAGCGGGCCGCCCAGCUCGUCGCGUCGGCCUUGUACGACGGCCCGCCCGAGUUUACUGCGCCGGUGAACUUGAAGCAGCUAACAACCCAAGAGUAGUUGGCAAUGCAUGGCAUAAAUAAAAAUCUCACAAUGUUCUCUGGGUUAUUAUUACAUAUAUUAAACUGUAUGGUUAGCGAUGGAAAAGGUUGAGGGCAUGUAUAACAGGCGACCGUACGUGGUCAUCAUUCAAUGAGACUAUCUCGUCUACUGUUAUGCCUCGUGCUCCCAUGCAAAACAAUAUAAACUGGAGCACGUA